AUGCUUUUGGCUUUUAUUAUGGUGCCACUUAUACAGAAAGAGUUAGAUAUUUUCAGGGAAAAAGUGUGGAACACACACAGAAUCCGAGCCCAAAAAGACAAACUACUUCCUGAUGGUGUACCGGAACAUAUUUAUAACUUCCCUGAACAGUACAAUCUUGAAGAAUGUAUUGUAUUGUAUUAAUUGUAUUGGUUUUCUUAUCCUGCAAAUGAUGGGAAUAAUUGUUAAUUGUGAAAUUCAUCACAAAAUUAUAAUCGACUGUUGGUUUUAUAGACCACAGCUGCUUUGCAGGGCCCUUUCGAGAUGGGUGCCCAGGGCAGAAUUGUCCCCCUCCUAUUUUAUUGGAACCUUUGAAAAUUAUUGUUCUGGCCAUUUUACAUGAAACGAAUUGUGGGGAGUGUCAGGCAGGCAGGCAAGUAGCAUCAACUGACGACUAUAUACAGUUACUAUAAUAAAUAUCUAAAACGACAAUUUCCAUUCAUUUCUACUACAGGUUUUGCAGUUACUGAGGAACAACUUCAAGAGGCUGCAACAGAAUCUGGUGUUCUUCAAGUCCCAGAUGACUUUCUCACUGAAGAGUUCAGAGCAGAAUGCGAGCGUCUCAUUCCAGACAAUGACACGAUUAAGCCAGAUGAAUGGACAAAUGCAUAUUU